AUGGGCGCCGCUCCCUCGGCGGGCGGCGGCGGGGCGGAGCCCACGGCCGCAGUGGAAGAGGUGGCGCUGCCCGACGGCGCCCGCCUGCCGUGCGAGGCGCUGGGCGACGCGGGAGCUCCGCGCCUGGUCUGGGGCCACGGCCUGGGCGUGCCCUCGCCGUGGACGAAGGGCCGGCGCUCCUGCGAGAGCUUCCCGGUCGUUUCGGCCGCGCUCGAGGACACCGCCCGGGAGGCGUCUGGGCAGCCCCUCUCCCUCGUGGUCUACGACGCGAGGGGCCACGGCGGCUCCACAGGCUGGGAGCCAGCUGACCACAACAGGGAUCAUGUCAACCAGCAGUUCCACUGGAGGAGCCUCGCGGUGGAUAUGCUGUUCGUGGCCGACCGCCACAG